GAGGCGAGGCGGCAGGGCGCCCCUGGCGGCAUAGCUCCCUCUGCUGCGCGGAGGGUCGGCAAAACUUGGGUCCGGGGAUCGGGAGCGGCGGGGGAGAUCGAGGCAAUGCCGUGGAUCCGGGAGAUCCAACUGCUCUCUUAAAGCCGAGGUCCCACGGACAUUUCGUCCGGCGCUGGUAACUUUUCAUACCAAGUGGGCCGCAAAAGUACUUGGGCACGAACCCCGGACCGGGUGGUGGGUGACGAAGCUAUAAUUGGACACACACACACACACACAGCCCUCAUGCUGCCUUCCCAAAGAAGGAGGCAUGAGGCUCUGGCAGGAUCCUAGAGCCCUCCUACUUCCUUCCCCAAGCUGGGAAAAUGCGAACUAGGCUUUGGGAAGAUGGGCACGUCCUUCCCAAUGCGCAGAGCCUGGCUUACCUGGUUUUGGGAAGGCAGUGCAAGGGCUGGGGCAAGGCAUCAGAUGUUGCUGAAGGCCACCAAAACAUUGAGGACUGCUGGACCCCCCCUGAUCUAGACGCUUGUCCUGCUUUGGUGAAUGUGCAAGGUCUGCAGUUCACAAGUCACAGUUCCCGUCCCCACUCUUGGAAUCAUUGAAUUAUAGAGUUGGAAGGGAUCCUGAGGAUCAUCUAGGCCAACCCCUUGCGAUGCAGGAAUAGGCAGCUGUCCCAUGUGGGGAUUGAACCUGCAACCUUAGCAUUAUCAGCACCACACUCUAACCAAGCUAUCCAGGCUCUGAAUAUGGCCUACCUUAAAAACCAUGGCCCUUUAGGAUACUGUACUCUGCUGGGGGAGGGGGAAUACUCCUUGAACUGCUUUCUUCUCACUUUGCUACAAACUGCCCUGAGAUUUGUGGUUGUAGAUUUAUAGGUAUGUUUCUGCUCUACCCCACGCUCUGUUUCUUUCAAAUUUGAUUGAAACUGUCAAGCCCAAGGGGUGCUGAGGCUUAUCGGCUGUCAAAGGUAACUUUGGUUUGGUUUGGUUUUUUAUGUUCCUAUGGCAGCAGUGCAAGAUGGGAAGUUCAGAAUGUAUAAAAUCUGUUCUCAAGUGUCUGCAACCUCUGAAAAAAGGGGCACUUAGGAAAGGACACCCCUUCUUCCAGGUGUGCUCUUAUACUAAAGCCUCAUACUUUAGUGGUGGAACACAUGCCAUGCAUGCAGACGGUCUCAGGUUCAAUCCAGUACUCAAAAAUUGCCAGGCACGUUUUGCACAUGGCUAUUGGCCACCUGCAACCAACUGAAGGUGCCCGGGUGCCAGGAUGUCGCCUGACAUCUCUACCAUCUGGAGUUGCAUGCCUGGGGAUCCUUGGAUCCUGACUGUUUGCACACACUAGCAACACAUCCUGUAGAAUUCUACCUGCUAUAUUUUUUAUCUGCACAAACAGAAUGAAUUUCAGGAACCAAAAAGUCUCAUUGAAAAGUGAGACUUUCAAGCUGUCUGCCCCCAAAAUGGCAACUAGGCAUUCCAUUUGGUGACUGUAACCCUGGUUUAAGGAGCACCUAGAUUAUAUAUUUGAGUUUCUAACACUGGUUCAGUUCUUCCCUAGCAUCACCAGUUAAAACCAGUACUCGGCUAUUUGGAUGGAUAGUCUAAUGCAGGCGUCGGCAACGUUUUCCGGCUGUGGGCCGGAGCAUUCCCACGGACUAUCGUCCAUGGGCCGGACAUGCGCAGAAGCGAUUUCUGGCGCACUGCCCAUGUCCGGGGGGCCGGAAACGGCUUCUGCGCAUGUCCGCAGCGCCGGAAAUCACUUCUGCAGCUGCGCAGGCGCGAUUUACAGUGUUGGCGCAGGCGCCAUUUCCGGCACCGCUCGGCAAGUAGCCGUGCCGCACUGUGCCAGUUUAGCGCAGCAGGCGGGGGACUUGCCAAGCGGGCGGCUCGGUGCCUGGUGACUGGGCGGCUCGUGGGCUGUAUACGGCCUAUGGGCCGGAGGUUGCCGAUGUAUGGUCUAAUGUGCCAUAAGGUUACUUCUUGUGUCCAUCCAUGUAUUUUUCACAGGCCCCUUGUUCAGAAUAGUAUUGCGCUGACUUGGUCGCCUGUGGUGAGCAGGAGUUUUCUGCAGGCGACCAGACACGGAAGUUUUUUCAUGGUCUUAUUCUCAACAAUGCAGGAGCAGAAUCCAACAUUGUGAGAAAUCUUAGGGUCACAGGAAGCUUCCUCCUAUAGAGCCAGACCCAGGGUCCAUCUAGCUUAAUAUUGUCUACACUUAGUGGCAGCAACUGUCUAGGGUUCAAAGCAGGACUGCUGCCCUGCUCUGUCUGGAGAUGCCUGGGAUUGACCCAGGACACUUUUGCAUGCUAAAAGUGUACCACUGAACGUUACCAGACUCCAUGCAUCUAUGGUUAAAGUAAUUAUCUGGAACCGCCAUCGGACGUGACACUGACAAGAAAACUUCACCCUCUGCAUUGUGGUAGAUUUCCCCAUGCAUUAUUUCCUGUCACCUCCCUAUUGGGAGAACUGAUCCUUGGGAUCUAAGGAAGCCUUGCACAGUUGGGCCAGACCUUUUAUUUAGUAAGACCAGCUGAGAUAGUGCAAAAUAAAGAGCCAGCCUUUGAGUUGUUCAGGGCUCUUGGACAGGCUUGAUGUUGGAACACAGCCAUGGGGUUGGGGGAAGAGAAAAGCUGCCUUGAUUCUUAAGCCACAAAAACCUGCAUUUGAUCAGAUUCCACUGGGCUCCAUCUCAAGUGCAGCGCAGGAGGAGAGAUUGGUCUUGCAAUGCAGUUCUUGCCUGUCUGCUCACUACUCUCCCUGAGUUCAGUGGUUCUUGCUCCCAUGCCUAAUAGGAUUGCAGGCAGCGCAGGCAUGCACCAGCUUGCUCUGAUAAUUGAAUGAGCUCUCCUGGGUGCUGCGUAGGUUUCAGGCUGCGCUUAGCAACACGGGGACAAAGACAAGCCGGGGUUGUGUAGUGAUUAGAAUGUCAGGCAGGCUAGGACCUGCGAGAAUGGGGUUCAAAUCCACACUCAGACAUGAAGCUCACUGGGCGACUUUGGCGCAGGCACUGUCUCUCAGCCUAACCUACCUCGCAGGGUUGUUGUAGUGGCAGGGGAUGGGGUUGGAAAAGAACCAAGUAGGCCAUCUUGAACUCAUCGGAGGAAAGGUGGGGUAAUUUGCACAGAAGGCACUUUGGUAGCCAGUCCUCAAUGUUUUAAAAUGCCUUCAGCGAGGUGGGCAUGAAACACGCUGGACUAGUAACUUGGGAAGAUCAGUAUCCUCUGCAGUGGCUGGCAAUGGCUCUCCAGGAUUGCAAGCAAGAGCUUUCUCCAGCCUUAUCAGGAGACGCCAGGGAUUGAAGCUGGGACCUUCCGCAUGCAAGGCAUGUGCUCUGCCCCUGAGCUACGGGGAAGAAAUCAGGGGGCUCCAGGAGUCUGCAGUUGAGGGGUGAGCCUCAGCAGGUUCCCCGUCAUGCUGCCCCUGCCGAAAAGCAAACUACUUUUUGGCUGCAAGAAUGAAAUGUUUCCCCCCUUCUUAAUCCUGCGGCUCAGAAGUUUGGGAAUGACAUUCCUCUCGACACAACCGAGCCCCCAUUACCCAGGCCUCCCCAGUCACAGAAAAUCAGUAUCUCUCUUUGCAGAAUUACUCUUGGCUUAAUUUGCUCAGAAACAUUCUGUUAGUUGGCCUCCAACCAACAAAUAUUUGUUUUUUAUUUUUGUCCCUUUCGGGCAGCGCAAGCCUGGGAAACCUCCUCUCUCAGUGCUGCCUUAGUGCAUUCAGCCAGCCGGAGCCGUGACGCUUAGGGAAUUGUGCAAAUACUGUGGCGGAAUUUCUUCUUCUUCAUUUCAAAGAAACGCUCUUCUUGCAUUAGCGGGUGGAGAGGUGGGCGGAUGGGAAUGGAGGACAAGUUGCAGAAGCAGGAAGCCAGCGUAUGCCUGCCCGGCUGAUAGAUAACUUGCGAGAAGACCGCUUUGCAUCUCCCUGUUAAGUUUCUCGGAGGCAGAAUCUGUUCCCCCCCUGCAUGCUUUCUCACCGCAUUUUGUGUGUGGGUGCUUUUGCCCAUUGCUGCUCCGCCGACUGUUUGUUGCAAACCAAUAUAGCCGGUGAUGUCAUGAGCGGCAUGUGGACUGGAGCUCUCGCUGCUUAGGCAACCGCUCCUGCGGAAGGGAAAACAGGAGGAGAUGCUGGGAGUCUUCCUUGGCUUGGAAGGCAUUGCUCGCCUCUGCUGCAUUUCCUGCGUUAAGGCCCCCCCUCUCCGCCCCCUUUGCAGUUUAUUUCAAGUUUAUUAAUUUUUCCAGUGCUCUAUAGCAGAAGCCUCACGGUCGGGGAAGGAGCGACGCCGCAGCUACGACUGGCUCACAGUUGUUAGGAGGGUGUCGGAAGGAUGCGGAAAGGAUGGUGAUAACAAAGUUUAGGAAGCGAGUCGGGUGAAGCGAAGCUGCAGGAAUUGGGCCUGUGAUUCCGGCGCAAGAUGGCAAGGACCAGCCACAGCAGCUAUGUCCUCCAGCAGCUCAACAACCAAAGAGAGUGGGGUUUCCUCUGCGACUGCUGCAUUGCGAUUGACGACAUCUACUUCCAGGCGCACAAAGCCGUCCUUGCCGCCUGCAGCUCUUAUUUCAGGAUGUUUUUCAUGAGCCAGCAGCACAGCACGGCACAGCUGAACCUCAGCAACAUGAAGAUCACGGCUGAGUGCUUUGAUCUCAUUUUGCAGUUCAUGUACCUGGGGAAAAUCGCCACGGCCCCCAAUAACUUUGAGCAGUUCAAGGUGGCCAUGAACUCACUGCAGCUGUACAAUGUGCCAGAAUGUCUGGAAGAUAUACAGGACACAAACUCCUCGGGUCUGGGGUGCUCCUCUUCCGCUUCCAGCACCCAAAAUAGCAAAAUGGUCUUUGGCGUGCGGAUGUACGAAGAGACGCUGGCCCGAAGCGGGAGCGAAACGAGCAGGUGCGUCGCUGAGCCGCCAAGUUCAACGGUGAGCACAUCCCAGAGCAGGGAGGUCAGCGACGAAGCUCUGCAGCUCAGCAGCUUAUCCGAGCAGCCGUUGGAGAUCUGCAAAGGGAGUGCUGCGCGCAAGGCCAAAGACCGAGUGUCCAUAUCGCGCCGCUUUGGGAGGAGCUUCACCUGCGACGGCUGCGGCUUCAGUUUCAGCUGCGAGCGGCUGCUGGACGAGCACAUCAUGUCCUGCACAAACAGGCACUCCUAUCAGAACGCCAGGUAUUACGGGGCCGAUAAGAAAGACGGUGGCGAGAGAGACCCCGCCCUUAAAACCCCGUCACCCCAGCUAGACAAAUUCAAAGCAGAGGCAAGCCAAGCGACAGAUGGGUCAUCCUCCCCAGCGUCGAAUGUAACUAGCGGGAAAGGCAGUACCGUUUCAUUGGAGGCACUGGGCAAACAGCGGAGCCGAGCCAUGGAGAGGAAAAGGAUCAUUGUCAAGGUGGAGCCAGAGGACAACCCCAUUGACGACAUGAAAGAGUUUAACAUUAUUAAGGUGACGGACGGCAACGAUUCCACUGACAAUGACGAACUGGAUGAUGACGACCCGGUUUACAGGUACUACAUUGAGGAAGAGGUCAGUGAAAACAGGCGUGUUAGGAAAGCUUUCUUAAAACCUCACAUGCCUAUCGAUGAGGAGGCCAGGAAAUAUUUUAGAAGCGCCAGGGUCCUUAGCAGUAAAGUCAGUGCCGUCGAGGAGGGCCCGGAAAACGCGUCCUGUGAACUGUGCGGGCAGACAAUCACCGAGGAAGACCUCUCUUCUCAUUACUUGUCCAAGCACAUAGAAAACAUAUGUGCAUGUGGGAAAUGUGGCCAGAUAUUGGUGAAAGGGCGCCAGUUGCAGGAUCAUGCGCAGUCCUGCGGGGAGCCCCAAGACUUGACCACCAACGGCUUAAGGAACAUGGAGGAGAAAAUUGACUUGGAAGAAAGCCCCGAGGAGCAGUCUGAAAUCCAGGAGAUGAUGUACGUGGAGAUGCUGGACGAGUUCGGAGACGGCCAUUUCCAGAUGAACAGUCUUCCAAAGAAACAGCUCUACAGGGAUUCAGCCUGCCCUUUCCGGUGCCCUAAUUGCGGCUUGCGUUUCGAGACGGAGAAUUUGGUGGUUGAGCACAUGUCCAGCUGCCUGGAUCAAGAUCUGUUCAAGAAUGCCAUGAUGGAAGAGAAUGAAAGAGACCACCGGCGCAAGCAUUUCUGCAAUCUUUGUGGGAAGGGCUUUUAUCAGCGUUGCCACUUACGGGAACACUACACGGUGCAUACCAAGGAAAAGCAGUUUGCUUGCCAGACGUGUGGCAAGCAGUUCCUAAGAGAGCGCCAGUUGCGCCUUCACAACGACAUGCACAAGGGUAUGGCCAGGUAUGUCUGUUCCAUUUGUGACCAAGGAAACUUCCGGAAGCACGAUCAUGUCCGGCACAUGAUAUCCCACCUGUCAGCUGGAGAGACAAUAUGCCAGGUCUGCUUUCAGAUUUUCCCAAAUAACGAACAACUCGAGCAGCACAUGGAUGUUCACCUCUAUACAUGUGGCGUAUGUGGUGCCAAAUUUAAUCUGAGGAAAGAUAUGAGAUCUCACUAUAAUGCCAAACAUUUGAAAAGAACAUGAAUGCAUAAUUACGCUUACUGGCAAGAACUAAAACAAAAACAAGUGGAACACCAAAGCAUAGCAAACAAUCAUACAUUUUUUAAAAAAUUAAAUGGCCUGUUUUGAAAUGUUCUGGUUUUGUUUGUUUGUUUAAAAGAACCUUUAAAUCAUGUGCUGCUUCAUUUAGGCUGCAAUCCUAGGCUCACUUACCUGGAAAUAAGCCCCAGUGAGCUUAUUGGGACUUUCUUCUAAGUAAAUAGUUAUGGAAUUGCGCUGUUAGGGUAUUAAAGUUCAUAAAAAGCACCAAAUGUUUAAUUACUGCAUUUUUACUCUUGCCUCAUGUUAAGUUCUGUUUCUGUGUUUCCACCCUGCUUUCUUAAGUAGAUGAAUCAAAUCAUUAUUUUUAAACUCUAGACUUCAAAAGCUCACUGUAGUAUUACCUGAUUCACCGGCUUCUAUUAAACAGCUUCUCAGUUCCAUCC